UAUAUGACAUCAUUAUUAUAAAUAUAAGAGAGAAAUGAAAAUAUUAGCUAAUAUAAACUUAAAAAUGUUAAUAAUAUCCAUAAUGUUAUAUGGAUUGUCUAUAAAACCCUAGCGAUCUCCAUUAUGUUCUUAGCUCUUCAUCUCUUUCUUUCUCUCUCUCUCUCUCUCUCUCUCUCUAGUUGAGGAGAUUGAAGAAGAAGAAGAAGAAUGGAUACGCAGGCAUGCAACUCAGUCCAAGAUGUGGAGGUUCGAAAGGGGCCAUGGACUAUGGAAGAGGAUUUGACUCUCAUCAACUACAUAGCCAAUCAUGGCGAAGGUGUUUGGAACUCUCUCGCUAAAUCUGCCGGUAAUAAUCCUACUUUUUUUUUUUCUCUUUCUCGAGAAAUCCUAAUUUUCUCUUAUCGAAAUGCUUUAUUGAAACAAAACGUUGUUUUAGGUCUGAAACGUACUGGAAAGAGCUGUCGACUUCGGUGGUUGAACUACCUCCGUCCUGACGUCCGACGAGGCAAUAUAACCCCUGAGGAACAACUUCUCAUCAUGGAAUUGCAUGCAAAAUGGGGAAACAAGUGGUCGAAAAUAGCAAAACAUCUUCCCGGAAGGACCGAUAACGAAAUAAAGAAUUACUGGAGGACGAGAAUCCAAAAGCACAUAAAGCAAGCCCAUGGGUUCCCCACUCUACAAAACACCACAAAUAUUGGAUUAUCUCAUGAGAUAAUGAAUGAACAAGCUGCAAGUUCAAGUAGCUGCCAAGUUUCAUACACAAUGGAUCCAAUGGAAACCUAUUCUCCUCCGACAUACUCCCAAAACAUGGAUGCCUUCUCAAUGCCUUUGCCGCCAACUGAUAAUGUCAACGACAAUUAUUGGAGCAUGGAGGAUCUCUGGUCUAUGCAGCUUCUCAAUGCUGAAUAGAUGAAAUUAAAUAAUUUGAUGAUAUUUGAAUUUAAAAUAUUUAUUUAUUUUGAUUCAAUAUCAUUAGGGUUUUCUAUAUAUAGUUUGGAAAAAAACAUGUGUAUUUUUCCAUAUAUAUAAUUAGACUAAGGCAUAUAUAUGGCUUUGUGUUUAAAAAUUUGCA